AUAGCGAAAUUUGAAAGGCCAGAAUUAGUCGGAGCUCAAUCUGCAAACGUCUCCGAUGGCUCUCUUCUUCAAAUCCGACCUAUUUUCCCCCCUCGGCCUCGCUUCUCUUUCUUUCCGAUUCCCAACUUCUUCUUCCUCACUCUUCGAUUCCCGAAUCAUUCCAGCAACUAAAUUGUCCACCAAACAAACCGCAAUCGCCUGUUCUUCACUCAAUUCCGGGAAUGACGAAAACUUCCAAGACUCCUCCAAUUCCAACGGAUCAUUGAAUAACCGAAGAUUAUCCAAACAGUCCUCUUGGGAAGCCAAAGACGAGGAAGGCAACGAUUACCUUUACACGCUGGGUAAAGAGUCGGAUAAUAUGAACAUUGCUGUUGGAGCUAGAGCUGGCAUCAUCGAUGACCUCUUCGCCGGCAAUUUCCUUGGGAAAGAUUCUGAUAUUGUGUUCGAUUACAGACAGAAAGCUACAAGGUCGUUUGAAUAUCUGCAAGGCGAUUAUUACAUUGCGCCGCUCUUUAUGGAUAAAGUUGUGUGCCAUAUCGCGAAGAACUACCUUGCUCAUCUGCUCAAUACGAAAGUACCACUCAUCCUAGGCAUUUGGGGUGGAAAAGGGCAAGGGAAGUCAUUUCAAACUGAACUCAUUUUCCGGGCCAUGGGAGUUGAACCUAUUAUCAUGUCUGCUGGUGAACUGGAAUCAGAAAGAGCUGGAGAACCAGGAAAAUUGAUACGUGAACGGUAUAGAACUGCUUCUCAAGUGGUUCAGAACCAAGGGAAAAUGAGUUGCUUGGUUAUCAAUGACAUUGAUGCUGGUCUUGGAAGAUUUGGUAAUACCCAAAUGACUGUCAAUAAUCAGAUUGUUGUUGGGACACUGAUGAAUUUGUCUGAUAACCCUACGAAGGUAAGUAUUGGGCAAGUCUGGAAAGAAUCAGAUGUUACAAAGAGGAUCCCUAUUAUUGUUACCGGAAAUGAUUUUUCAACAAUAUAUGCGCCGUUGAUUCGAGAUGGAAGGAUGGAAAAAUUUUACUGGCAGCCCACCCAUGAAGAUAUUCUGAAUAUUGUUCACAGGAUGUAUGAGAAAGAUGGCAUGUCAAGGGAUGAAGUUGGAGAGAUAGUGAAAUCAUUUCCUAAUCAAGCCUUGGAUUUUUAUGGAGCUUUGAGAUCUCGAACAUAUGACCGGUCAAUCUUAAAGUGGGUUGAGGAUGGUGGAGGGGCCGACAACUUGGGCAAAAGACUUUUGAAGCAAAAAAAGGAUGGAAAACUUCCAGUUUUUACUCCGCCAAAGCAAACCAUAGAAGCUUUACUGGAAUCAGGGCAUUCUCUUGUCAAAGAACAAAGGCUGAUAAUGGAGACAAAGCUUUCAAAGGAAUACAUGAAGAAUAUUGAUGACUAACCGCCUGACAGACCCAUGGUGAUUUUGAAAGAACGAGCACUGCUAUUGGAAGAUCAAACGUCGUUAUCCAAUACUCAAGAAAAGGUGGGCUAUCAAUUAGAUGACAGCUGAUCAUGACGACUGGAUACACGAAUGCGACUGAGAUUUCUCAUUUGUCGUCGUUAUGAGCAGUGGAAUUUCGAUUAAGCACUGGAAAGUGUAGGUAUCAACCUAGUGUGGUUCUGAUUCAUCUAAGUGUUUGCUUAUUUAAAAUAGCCAAGUCGGAGGAGGGGUCUCUGUCUCUCCCUCGAAGGCAUAAUGCAAAGCAAUACCCUACCUGUUGAUACGCUUUUAUGAUGCAAGGUAAUAACAACGCCACAUUCAGUCCAUAUAACGAAAAAUAUGGACAUAGAUUCUCAAUCAUUACGUAUAUUCUAUUCUUGAAUAAUGCUAA